AUGGCCACGCUGCGCACCAACGAGUUCUACGCUACGCGCCGGAUCCCUCGCGAAGAGGUGCACGCGUCGCCGUGGCAAGGAGGUCCCGGUAUUGGCAAGACACGGUUGGGCGAGGAAAUCACGAACGGCGCCCUGGAAAACCUGGCCAAGCUGCUGCUGGACAACGUGGAGCUACGCGCGGCACUGAAGAAGCUUGAGUAUCACUUCAAUGAACGGGAGCUAGAGGAAGUUGUUUCCCUUCUGAACACUGGUCGAGUCAAGUACGCGUACAUGGAGUUUAAUGACAUUGGGGGCGACUUCACUCUCGUUGACUGCGAUGCUGGGCGCUUCGAUGCCAAGGCAGCAGAUCGGGCGAUUGGGCUCCGCCUGUAUGCUUCUCUCUUCUUCAACCUUACGGCAGCGCAACUGCGUACAGUAAUUACAACCAAGAGGCUUGAGAGAUAUUUUACCAUCAGAGCCGUGUGGCAGCUGCAGCUGAGACUGGGGCGGGAGCAAGCGCGCCUUUCCGAGCAGUCGAUGUUUGCAAGCAUCGUGGUCAUGGACGAGAUUCUGCUGGGAGCAAGCAAACUUGCGAGGCUGUGCAAUAUUGAAGCGGAGGCAGCGCUUAAGACCAUCCUGCGGGUUGUUUGCGAAUACAAAUCCCUCCACUCCGGCAAGGACCAGCAUGCUCUGUUGUUCAUCCCCAUGGGCACCAAUCUGCACAAGUUGCAACGGGCCUUCCAGCUCACCGAGUAUGAAGCGGCCAACAUGCACGACCUCUUCGAGCUGCGGGACGACGGGGAGCUGUCAGCCGCAUUCGUCGAAAGCGUGUUGCUUCUCAAGUACCCUUCGGCAGCCGACCACAUCGUCGAGUUCGUGUACAGUGGUCCGAUGAGCGUCCUUCUUGCGAAAGCAGGGGGCGUCCCCCGCUAUCUCAUGGCGGUGGCAAGAGCCGCCGCAAGGCCUGCCUUCUUGGACCGGCUUCCGGAAAACGCAGCCCCUGGAAUCUACGCCAAGCUCGCCUCAAAUCUGGAGCCCUUAGUAGAAGACGAGGUUGCAAUCUGGUUCAAGGGUCACGAUCUGAUCAAGCAUUGGGGGGGGGCGAAUGUCGCACAAGUCAUGGUUGCACGAUACGUGAUACGCGUAUCAUUACGGCGAAGGGAAAUACGCGAAUUUUGA